UGAAUUUUCUAAUAUGGCAUCUUUGACAUUGGUUCUAAUAGUUUGUGCCUUUGUCUCUCUGAGUGAUUCCUGUUUUUUUGAACCUCUACAACAAGGAGCUACAAGCUGUACGGAUAGCGCCGACAAUUCCACUCAUCAAUUUGAAACCAGUUGGAAAACCGCCAAAUGCAUCGAAUGUUAUUGCUCUGAUGCUGGGAUGUUUUGCUGCGAAACGAUGGCUACAGUGAUAAACCAAACUAAAGGCUGUGUUGUGGAGUAUAAUUACAACACAUGCACAUUUAAUGUGUUUGAUCCAGAUGACCCCACCUUCGACUGCGCCUAUAGUGCUGUUGAAAAAUGAAUGACUGAACGUGUUCUUUCUGUACUUGGCUUUGCAAGAUUAAAAUCAUU